CAUGUGCAAAUCCGUUUUAAAAGGAGGGUGUUAAUGUCAGGCCUGCUCUUCUCUAGCCUGCGGGGACAAGAAGAAGACACUAAGUUGUGUUAGGGACAACAUUAACUUCUUAAAGAGUAUUUUAGUUGCCCUUCUACCCCGCUAUCACCAGGCAUUGAGAAGAGGAGUUCUUGCAACGAACAGGUGACGAUAACCAUGAAAUGGUGCUGGGUGUUUUUAGGGGUCUUCGCCUCUUUGGGGACCCUGUCCUGGGGAGAGAAGGGCUUGGAGAUCCCUGAGUAUGAUGGCAAAGACCGUGUCCAUGAACUCAGUGCCAAGAACUACAAGUCCAUCAUGAAGAAGUAUGACGUAAUGGUGCUUUACUACCACAAAAAUGUGGAUGGGAAUCGCAGUGCCAUGAAGCAGUUGCAGAUAGAGGAGCUUGCCCUGGAGUUGAUCACAAGUCAAGCAGCAUUUAUCUAUCAGCUUGCAGCCCAAGUUCUGGAUGAUUUUGAUGAUGAGGACAUUGGGUUUGGCUUGGUGGAUGAAAAGAAGGAUGCAACUGUUGCCAAGAAGCUUGGUCUGGAUGAAGUGGAGAGUAUCUACAUCUUUGCCGAUAACGAGAUUAUUGAGUAUGAUGGAGAGCUGGCCGCCGACACCUUGGUUGAGUUUCUUUAUGAUGUGAUUGAAGAUCCCGUGGAGAUCAUUGGCAACGACCGUGAGCUUAAGGGUUUCCACAACAUGGAUGAGGUCAUCAGGCUUGUCGGCUACUUCAAGAGUGAAAAAUCUUCUCAUUUCACUGAGUAUAAAGAUGCUGCUGAGGAGUUCCACCCUUUCGUCAAAUUCUAUGCCACAUUUGACCCCAAGAUUGCCAAGAAGCUGAAACUGAAGAUCAAUGAGGUUGAUUUCUAUGAGCCAUUUAUGGAUGAACCUGUCCCUAUUCCAGGAAAGCCCUACAUCGAGUCUGAGAUUGUUGAAUUCAUUGAGCAGCAUGAUAGGACCACUCUGAGGAAACUUGAGCCUUACAGCAUGUAUGAGAUCUGGGAGGAUGACAUUGAUGGAGAACACAUUGUUGCCUUUGCUGAGGAAGAUGACCCAGAUGGCUUUGAAUUCCUGGAAAUUCUCAAGGAAGUGGCACGUGAUAACACUGAUAACCCUAACCUCAGCAUCAUCUGGAUUGAUCCUGAUAAUUUCCCUCUGCUGGUUCCAUACUGGGAAAAAACCUUCCGCAUUGACCUCUCUUCUCCUCAGAUUGGUGUAGUUGAUGUUGAGGAUGCUGACAGCGUGUGGAUGGAAAUGGAUGAUGACGAUGACAUGCCAACAGCUGAUGAGCUCGAAAAGUGGAUCGAGGAUGUUCUGUCUGGAAAGAUUGAUCCAGAUAAUGAUGACGACGACGAUGACGACGACGACGAUGACGACGACGACGAUGACGACGACGACGACGAUGAUGAUGAUGAUGACGACGAUGACGACGAUGAUGAUGAUGAUGACGACGAUGACGACGAUGAUGAUGAUGACGAUGAUGAUGACGACGACGAUGACGACGAUGACGAAUAAAUGUUUUCUACUAUGUUUAAUUUCACUAUGAUUAAAACACAAAUGUAGUACCAGGUUUUUUCUAACAUCAUGUGGGGAAUCCCCCCCCCCACAGGUUUCCUACUGGGGACAAAUGUUAUGACCUUACAGGGAACUUUUUGAUGUCAGUUAGAAAAGGAGAUUUUCAGAGAUUACUGUCUUUGCUGACAAACAGGUUGCAGAUUAAAAUGUUACAGUAUUUACUGUAUGCCCUUUGACUGCAAAAAAUGGUAAUGACUUCACAGUGAAUGUGAGUAUAGAGACAACUUAAUGUUAUAGACUGUGGUUCACCCAUUUCUCAUUUUCUCUAGUAUACUGUAAGCCUGUUUCUAAUGACAUGUUUUCUACUUGAGGACAAGAAACACUUUCUUGUAAAGUUUUUAAAGAAAAUAAAGGUAAAGAUACUCGACAGUCUUAAAA